GCACUUCCAAUAUGCAGCAUUGUUUGCACGUGCACGUGCAGGUAGCAGCGGUAGCAGAGCAACUAUCAGUGGUUGGUGGUUUUAUUGAGAGUUUCUUGUCACUGGCUAUGCAGGCACCAUGAGCAGAUGAUUUUAUCUUAUUGCUGUUCAAAGCAAAUCAUUUAGCAAUAUAAUUUAAACAAUUUUGAGCCAGACUUAUUGUGAAUUCUCAUAUUGUGUACAUUCAUCUGUUUAUGCCAUGGAUCUUGUGAGAACAAUAGAAUCAGAUGAUGAAGUGGACAAUCUCUCAGUCUCUAGCUCAGAUGAGGAUAAGGAAAGAAGCAAAAGACACUACUUCUCAGAUGAUUUUGACUUUGGAGAAACAUUUGAAGAAUACCAUGUCGAUCCCUGGGAAGAUGUAAACAAAUAUCUGAAGAAGAAGAAGCUAUCCUGCACAGAUCAGAAGAUUGCUCAAGUCCGCGAUGAGCACAAAGGAGAGGCGUCAGAGAACGGCGAGGGGCCAUCGGAGGUCGAGCCAGAAGACAUGGAGGAGGACAGCGCCAGUGACGACGAGGGGGCCGAGGACGACCAAAUGGAGCAGCUCGGAGCGGACAACAUCCAUGUCAAGGAGGCCGAGCGCCGACGGAAGGAGAAGAAGCUGGGCCGCCGGCGCGCGCAGCUGGAGGAGGAGGCCGCCGAGGCCGCCGCCUUCUUCAGCGAGGCCACCGGCGACGCCAUCGGCGCCGUCAAGACGUUCCACGAGAUGAACCUGUCGCGGCCGCUGCUCAAGGCGGUGACCGCCAUGGAGUACGUCCACCCGACGCCCAUCCAGUCGGCCACGGUACCGGUGGCGCUGCUCGGCCGGGACAUCUGUGGCUGCGCCGCCACGGGCACCGGCAAAACGGCCGCCUUCAUGCUGCCCAUCCUGGAGCGGCUCGUGUUCCGGCCCAAACAGAUUCCUGUGACGCGUGUGCUGGUCCUGGUACCGACCCGCGAGCUCGGAGUACAGGUGUACCAGGUCACGCGGCAGCUCUGCCAGUUUUUACCCGACCUGCAGGUGGCGCUGGCCGCCGGCGGUAUGGACAUCAAAGUGCAGGAGGCCCAGCUGCGCCAGCACCCGGACAUCGUGAUCGCCACGCCCGGACGGCUGAUCGACCACCUGCAAAACACGCCCAGCUUCUCACUGGACACGGUCGAGGUGCUGGUGCUUGAUGAGGCUGACAGGAUGUUGGACGAGUAUUUCGCCGAGCAGAUGGGUGAGAUCAUCAAACAGUGCUCGGCCACGCGGCAGACGAUGCUCUUCUCCGCCACAAUGACGGACGACGUCAAACAGCUGGCGGCGGUAUCGCUCAAAGACCCCGUCAAGGUGUUCGUCAACGAAAACACCGACGUAGCCGCCAACCUCAAACAGGAAUUCGUCAGGAUCCGACCGGGCCGGCAGGGAGACCGGGAGGCGCUGCUCGCCAGCCUGCUGCUGCGAUCGUUCAAGGAGCGUGUCAUGGCUUUCGUGCAGACCAAGCGGCAGACGCACCGGCUACACAUAGUGCUGGGACUGCUCGGAAUACGGGUCGGGGAGCUGCACGGGGACCUCAGCCAGGCUCAGCGGCUCGAAUCUCUGCGGAAGUUCCGCGAGCAGGAGAUCGACGUCCUGCUGGCCACCGACGUAGCCGCCCGUGGUCUCGACAUCCCCGACGUGAAAACGGUGAUCAACUUCACGAUGCCGGCCACCAUGCAGCAGUACGUGCACCGGGUGGGCCGGACGGCCCGGGCCGGUCGCGCAGGACGCUCCGUAUCCAUGGCCGGGGAGACGGAGCGCGCCAUGAUCAGGGAGAUCAGCAGGCGCAGUCUGCGGCCGGUCGAGAUCCGCACCGUGCCACAAGCCGUGGUGGACCGGUACCGGCAGAAGAUCGAGCGGCUCGAGUCGCAGGUGGACGCCGUGUUCCGCCUGGAGCGGGAGGAGCGCGAGUUGCGCAACAGCGAGGCGCAGCUGAGCCGGGCGCAGAAGGUGCUGGAGGCGCCCGAGCAGCGGCCGCGCACCUGGUUCCAGACGCAGCAGCAGCGCGCCAAGGCCAAAGAGGCGGCCAAGCUGGAGACGAGUGGCGGCGACACCACCAAGGCCGGCAAGAAGAAGAAGAAGAAGGUGACAGCUGAGGAGCGGGUGGAGAAGGAGCUCCAGAAGCGCUACCUGCUGCAGGCCAAGGCGGCGAAACGGGCCAGCCGGCGCGCCGGUGGCGCCGCGCCAGUGCCCGUGAAAAAGAAGGGGCCGAAGGGCAAGAAGAAGGGAUUGAAUCUGACGUCGGAGCUGACUGAUGUUAGCCACAAGGCCGUCAAAGGUUUCCGAUACAGGGCCACUGAAGCUAUCCGUGAGAAGAACCGGGAAGAGUCCAGUCGCGGCUCAAGAGGAAAAUCGCGCGGUGGUGCGCGCGGUGGGGGCCGUGACGGGUCUCGGGGACGGGGUGGGGGCCGUGAUGGGUCUCGGGGACGGGGUGGGGGCCGUGAUGGGGCUCGCGGUGGCGCUCGAGGUGGUGCUCGCGGUGGGGGUCGUGAUGGGUCGCGGGGACGCGGUGGGGGCCGCGGUGGGGCGCGGGGAGGGUCUCGGGGUCGCGGAGGGGGCCGCGGUGGGUCUCGAGGUCGUGGCCGGUAGUCAGUAGUCGCCCGGUGGCCUCAGCGCCAUGUCGGACUGUCCACGCUGUGAAAAUACAACUGUCAAACGAA